UGCUGAUAAAAUGACUUUUGUACUGAAAUACUCAAUUUACACGACUAUUUUGUACUUUGUGAUAUUCAAUGGAGAUUAUUUUAAGGUGGAGGCCAGACCAAAAGAGGUGAUACCAGUGCCGGGCUGGUUCAACAGUGUAGAAGGAUUCGUUGUGCCGAAUUUAAAAGCAUUCCAGGCCAGUCCCAUAAAUGAGAACCUGGUCAACAGGCAUAUAGAGACCGACGACUUAUUUAACUCCCAGAGAAGAAAAUGGAACAAGAAGAGAAGAAAGAAAAUUGUGAAGAAGGUUGCAAAGAAGUUUCAAGAAGUUGAUGAUAAUAGAAGGAAUAACGAGCGUGGUGUUGUUAAGAAGAAGAAGAGGCACAGAUCAAAAGGGCACAGAAUGAAGUUUAUCAAAAGCGAUUUAAUAAACAACGAUAUAAACGAUUCGAACGUAUCAGAAUCAAUGGAGAAGCAAAAGAAAAGAAAACCAUUCGAUAUUAUUGUUCACAUUAAAAUGAACGAUUAAACCAAAAA